AUGGGUUUCGACGAUUUAAUUAAAAAAGGUAAGGAAAUUGCCUCCAACAAAGAAUACACUGAAGACGCUAAAACUGCUUACAGUGCUUUCUCUUCCAAAGAAGGUUCUUACCAAGACAAAGCUCAAGAAGCUUACAAAGAAAGGAUGAAUCAUGAGAUAAGAUACCAUCCUAGAAUCUCUCAAAGUUUGUUGAAGGACUUGGUAGUUGUUUAUAAUUCCAUCGAUACUAUAUUGAGUAUACAUUAUUCAAAUAAUAUUAAGAAUCCAUCACUACAAAAAGUUCUUGAUUCGGUCUCUAGUCUACUAAAUAAGAGAAUUACCAACCAUGAAAUAUGCCAAAUAUUGGAAAUUGAUUCGAGUAACUAUAAUUUAUUGAAUAACCAUGAUGAUAUCUUGAUUAGUCCCACGUCAAUAUCAAAUUUUAGUCGAUUAAUCCCCGAACGGAAAGCAAGAUUCAUCGAAUCAUUAAAUAAUUGGAUCCUGCAAAAUAAGGAUAAAUCAACACUACCUACAAAAGAAUUAUCAAGCUAUUACAAAUUUGAAAAACAGACCCGGGUGAUUAAAGAUCAUAAGAUUGUUAAACCAGUGAUCAAAAAGACUUCCAAUGAUUUGAAGAACAUUCAGAACAAGUUCGAGUUCAAAUCCAAAGAUAACGAUAAGCUUUCGUUAAUUGAAAGGAUCAAAUUGAAGGAGAAAACUGCCAAAAUAGCUGAACCUCCUUCAAACACCCGCGAGGAUUACAUUAAUAGUCGAUUGGUUUCAAUUUAUAACAUAAUUUACGAAUUUCAUGGAAUAAAAUCUCAUAAAAGUUAUCCCUUCAGUAAAAUGGUUUCCCUAGUGAAAAAUUCACUUAAAAGCCCCAUGAGUAAUGACGAAAUCAUUGAUACCUUGAACAAAAUAGCCAAUCAAUUGGAUAAUUUCGAAAUUGUCGAUAGAAGUGAAGUUAAAGUUUUGAAAAUUUCUAAACUUGAUAGAAAUUUAGACAUUUCUAAACUCCAGUAA